AUGGCUGCUGUGCCGUUAGAUCCUCCCGCGGCCGCGACCGUCAAUCCUGCCCCCGCGAGUGGCGGCGCCAAGCCUGCAGCUGACCCCACGGAAACAACAGCUGUAGCAACUCCAACAGCGGCACCGGCGUCAGAAACAACGACUACGGAGCCAAGUCCGAACGCGAAUACUGGGGAGGCGAAUGGGAAGAUUCCACUGACGGAUAACACUGUGACGGAUGAUCAGAAGACGACGGGAGCGCCUAUGCCCCUGUUGACAACGGACGCUGCCAAAGGGAACAACGGGGACGACCAGCACUCAGACCUACCACCUAAUACUGCCACAACAACAAGCACAAGAUCCCCGAGAACAUCAACGACUGCAUGUGGUGCUUGCGACACACGCGGGACAUCGUUUGAGGUUGACAACUCAAAGCCCGCCGAUUUCGAAGGCGAGAUUGCCACUAACGAUCACCUGCCCACCGCCGAGACCUUGAAGAAGAUUGAAAACUAUGUAGUCUUGGACAGGCACGGCAAAAGUCACCCCUUUAAGAGCUUAUAUACUGGUCGCAAUGUCGCGAGGCGGGUUCUUAUUAUCUUUGUUCGCCACUUUUUCUGCGGUAACUGCCAGGAAUUCCUACGCUCCCUCUCCGAGUCUGUAACCCCCGAUGCGCUGUUGGGACUUCCUAUGAGUACCUUCAUCGCCGUCGUCGGCUGCGGUAACCCUGGCCUGAUAGAUAUGUAUCUCCAGGAGACGGGCUGCCCAUUCCCAGUCUACACGGACCCUACACGGCGCCUGUUCGAGAAACUAGGGAUGACACGCACCCUCGCCUUAGGCGAACGGCCGGCUUACAUGCGCAAAUCCAUGUUUAAAUCAGCUGCGGAGAGUGUCUUUCAAGGUCUGAAGCAGGUUAAAAGCGGAUUGGCCACCAAGUCGGGUGACCACAGACAGGUAGGUGGAGAGUUCCUCUUUGAACCGGUUGAACUCAGUAGCCCUGUCUCGACGCCCUUUGCAGAGCGCCAGAUCGAGGAGGCAUUGCAAAACACGAAAAGAGAAGAUAUUAGCCAGGAGGGCAUUGACGGAGAAGGGGGAGAUGACAACAGCUAUGAGCCGGAGGUGAAGAAAGUUACAUGGUGUCACCGUAUGCGCUCUACACGAGACCAUGCAGAGAUACCGGAGUUGAUGGAAAUCCUGGGUCUGACGGGCACGGGCAAACCAGUCGAAGACUCGAAGAGGUGGUCGAAAGCACUUGAGACUAGAAAAGGCACCGGCUUGAGUUUGGCGAGCCAAAUGAGCAAGCUGAGCGACCACCAAGAGCGAGCAUAA